UUUUUAUCACAACAAUGCCUGCUUGUCGCCUUGUUCCUGAUGUAUAAAGCCAUGGCGAGAGUCACCUUCCGCUGAUCAUUGAAGUCCGAACCAAGCUUGCUUCUUUGCCAUGGCUGCUGUGAGAGUACUUCACGAAAUUCAAAUAUCUCCAUCUCCAUUACUUCCAACCCAACCUCCUCAGCCCCUCUCCUACCUCGACUCAAUCUGGCUCCGAAGCUCCCUGCGAGUGGAAAGGCUUUUCUUCUACGACUAUCCUCACCCCAUCUCCCAUUUCAGGCACCAUGAACUCCCCAACCUCACCAAAUCCCUCUCCCUCGCCCUCCGCCACUUCUACCUUCUUGCCGGAUCCAUCCGCCCCUCCCCUGUUUCCGAUGACCAGUUCGAGAUCGCCUACACGGAAGGCGAUUCCGUCCCCGUCACCGUCGCCGAAUUCAUCGGCGACGGCGACGACGACUUCCGCAGCAUCUCCGGCCACCAACCACGAGACAUCAAAACCCUUCGUGUUCUGGUACCCAAACAAGAGAAGUCAUCGUCAGGCGGAGAGUCUACACUCCUCUCCAUCCAAAUCACUCUUUUCCGGAACAAAGGCAUAUGUGUUUGCUUCGCAACAUACCACGCUGCUUGCGAUGGAUCUGCAUCGAUGCAAUUCAUCCGAUCAUGGGCCGCGGCGCACCAAUCACCUGAAUCCGUCCUGGAGAACAUCUCCCCUCCGUUCCUCGACCGGUCCGUUAUCGUCGAUACCCACCGGAUAGACCAGAAAUUAAUCGACCUGGCGAAUCGGUUCAAGGAAAUGCUCAAAGAGAACUAUUUGAAGGAGAAAGAAAGCUUGCCAGCAUCCGAACCUGACUUGGUCUCUGCUUCUUUUACUCUCUCUAAAGAUCAGAUUGCGCGGCUGAAAGAGAGGGUGCGAUCGAAGGGAGUGGAGAAAGGGAAGCCGACACUUCACAUCUCGGCGUUUGUCGUUACCUGUGCUCAUGUAUGGAGAUGCCUCGAGAAAGCUCGGGAAAAUGAAAAAGCUAUCAAGCAUUAUUUCUCGUCCGCUGUAGAUUGGAGGUCGAGGAUGAAACCGGCGCCACUCCCUAGCAAUUACUUUGGGAACUGCGUGGGGGCGUGUGUGGCGGAGUUGGAGGCCGGAGAGCUGGUGGGGAAGGAAGGGUUGGAGUUGGCGGCGAUGGAGAUAGGGAAGUGCAUAGAUGGGUUGCAGGGGAGGGAUAUUGGUGAGGUAUUAGGGGAGGCGAUUGAUUUGCUUAUGAGUCUUGCGGGGAGCAGCAGGCCGCUGUCGGUUGCUGGAUCGCCGAAGCUGGGGGUUUACGAGACUGAUUUUGGGUGGGGGAAACCGGUGAAGGUGGAGAUAACGUCCAUUCAUGAGACGGGAGCCAUAUCGCUGGCUGAGAGCAGGGGGGAGGAGGGAGGAUUGGAGAUUGGUUUGGUGCUGCCGGAGGAGGAGAUGAAGAAGUUUGGGAACUGCUUUUCCAGUGAUUUGUUGCAUGUUUGACUUGGGUUAGACGCUCCGCAGCUCUUUGUUUGUUAGUUUGUUUUUAUUAUUAUUAUCAUUAUUAUUACUAUUCUUAUUAUGAUUUGUUGGAAGGAAUG